AUGGAAAAUAGUCUAGGGAGCUCUAAUGGAGUGGGAGUUCCUAAGAAAUCGAGGUCUUUGGAUCUUAAGACGCUUUAUAAGUCCAGCAUUGUCAACGAUUCUGUGAAUAAGAGCUUAAAGAGGAAAAAUAGUCCUGAUGGGUUGAAGCAGGAGAAGAAGAUUAGGAAAGUUGUUUCUCUUAGUAGCUUUAAGCAAGUUGAUAGCGAAGAUGAUAAGUUACUUGAUAAUGCAUGUAAUGGCACCACGAUUUUGGAUGAGAAGUUGUGUGAUGGUAAUGGGCUUGAGGGGGUUUCAGUUGGUUUGGCAGGUAGUAUGAUUUAUGUGCCUAGACGUAGGAGGGAUUUUGUUGGGAGGAGUAGGUUUGAGAAUGGCCUUGUACAGAAGUCUGCAGGGGAAUCUGAUAGUCAAGAGGAGCUACUUGAUAAGCUCCUAAAGGAAGCUGGUGAAGAAACUAGUGCUCAGGAUCAUCUCUCUAAAGCUGAAGAGGAAGACUGUUUCAAAGAAAUAAAAGAAUCUAAUUCAGUAGAGCAGCUGCAGUUGGAAAACGGGCAUUCUGAUCCUUCUCCAGUGAAAGAUUACCAGCUGGUUGUUAAGCAAAAGCCCUGUAAUAGCAGGAAGUCCUCAGCAUCAAACAGACGUGCGGGAAACAACGAGGCGAAGUCUUCAUCUGGUAGAAUAUCUAAGGUGUCACAAGAAGAUGACGAGGAGAAUCUUGAAGUUAAUGCAGCAAGAAUGCUGUCUUCGCGCUUUGAUCCGAAUUGCACCCACUUUCCUUCAAAUCCUGUUACUCCUGGUUCACCGUCUACCAGUAGAUUGAACCCGUUAUCUUCUGGUAAGAAUUCAGCUGAUGCUCAGUCUGAGUUGUUUAGCUCCAAGUGUGUCUCAGACGACCCUGAUGAUAGAUUGUUGCGACCAAGGUCACAGCUUGAUGGGAAGAGGGAAGUUCGGAAAAGGCGCCACUUUUAUGAAAUAUCAUUUUCAGAUGUGGAUUCACACUGGUUGUUACACAAACAAAUAAAAGUUUUGUGGCCUUUGGAUGAGAAUUGGUAUCAUGGCUUUGUGGAUGGUUACAAUGGAGACAAUAAUCUGCAUCAUGUAAGAUAUGAUGAUCGCGAUGAAGAGUGGAUCAAUUUACAGGGUGAAAGAUUCAAAAUUCUGUUGUUCGCAACUGAAGUUCCUGGAAAAAAUCUACGGAAAGGGAGCAAUUCAGAGUCCAAAUCUACUCCGAAUAUAACUGAGAAUGAUAAAUCCAGUAAAGACGUGAAGAAGCAGAAGGUAGAGCUAGAAGAUGAUUGCUGCAUGGGCGACAUGGAAUCAGAGCCCAUCAUCAAAUGGUUGGCUCGGUCUAUGCAACGGGACAAGUCUUCCACUCUUAAGGCUGUACGAAGACGAAAAAAGCCAGAAAUAAUGACAUCUGAUAAACCUCUGAAAAUGAAUGGGGAUGUUGUUAGAGACACAGAUAGAUCUGCUAGUUCUCUUCCAUCAUGUGGAUUACCUGGACCUAGUGUGAAUGAGUCCUUGUUGGAAGGCUCUGGAUGUUGUAAGGGUAGCAUAUAUCCUCUUGUCUAUUAUAGGAGACGGCUUCAUACAGCAAGAAAAGGAAUCUACAAGGGGUCAGGUGACCAUAAUGUUGAGCUGCCACAUGUCUCAAAAUAUCCGGAUCCUGAUGUAGAAUUUUUGCCUUUCGAAGGUUCUGGGUUUCUGGAGAUUUAUUGUCCGUGGAAUGACAUAGUGCCAUUUGAGUUGUCCCUUAGCCUACAGGCUGUUUCGUUGAUGAACUACUGUUUUCUGGCGGAUGUUGUCUGGCUUUCACGUGUUGCUCUUUUGCUUCAUCAUGGUACACUUGUGACUUUGUGGCCACGGGUUUGUUUGGAAAUGAUUUUCCUGAGUAACCAAGACGGGUUAAGGUAUCUAAUUUUUGAAGGCUGCAUGAUGGAAGCCGUUCAGUUGAUUUUCCAUAUCUUGACGGUAGUAGAUCAUUCUAAUAAGCAAGGAGUACAAGGAGCGGAUGCUGACUUGAAUUCGCCAGUUUUCUCAAUUGGUCUCCAAGUUUCUUUCAUCCCAGGCUUCCAAAGGCAAUUUGCAUUUCAGUUCUACAGUUUCCAUGAAGUUAAACAUUCGAAGUGGUCAUACUUGGAACAUAAUUUCAGGAGGCAUUCUUUGCUGGUUAAGCAAGUGUCAACUUCCGAGUGCACACCCGAUAGCAUGAAGGCACUGCAGAAGGUUAUGCAGAAGAGAUCUGGCCAUGGAAUCAGUUCAGGCAUUGUUUCUAGAAGAUCGUCAUCCGUUAAAGCCUGGCCCACAUCUGCUUGCUACAAGAAGCAAAGUCCGCCCCCAUUUGCACUUCAUAUUGCUUCACGACCACCUACACUGUUACUCAAUUUACACCUGGAAAUGGUGAGAGAGCUGGGUCAUGAUUCAGCUGAGUACAUAGGAACUGAACGCAAUUUAGUAACAGAUGGAGGUUGUGAUCUGGCAGAUUGCACAAAUGAACAUUCUGAACCUUCUCUCAAGAGUGAGGGCCAAAAUAACGGACCAACUAUCACUCCUUGCAGAGAGCAGGAAGCGCAAGAGUCAGAAGACCUUCAUGCACAGUCUCGAAGGUCUAAUUCUGAAAACUGGAUGUCAUGCAGCUCUUCUGUUGCCAGACAUAAGCACGAAACCAGGUCUAACGUUGCGAUGAAUGGCAUUAAUAUUCAAGUUCCAAUAUCUGAUCAUUGUGAAGAUGGUGCUCUGCAGUCAAGUAAUCUGGCCUUGAAUAUUCAAGGUAGCACCCCAAGUCCCAAGGCCACUGCCCCAAGAAGUAUGUGGCAACGAAGCAAAAGUUCUUUAAAUGGCCCUCUCUCACAUGGUUGGUUGGAUUCAAAGGGAGACUUUUUGCACACUAAGUUGGGAAGUGGACCUAAGAAGCGACGUACCCAGGUGUCAUAUUCGUUACCUUCUGGGCGUUCAGAUUCAAGAAACAAAGGUUCCGUGCACAAGGGGAUCCCGAACAAAAGAAUUAGAAGGUCUGCUACUGAUGUUUCUGUACGUCGUCAGAAAGAUUUGGAGUCUAGUUUCUGUGAUGCCAAUGUGUUAGUCACUCUUGGAGACCGAGGCUGGAGACAAUAUGGAGCUCAGAUUUUCCUGGAACCCUUUGAUAAUAACGAAUGGAAACUUGCGGUGAGAAUAUCAGGGACAACGAAAUAUUCACAUAGGGCACAUCAAUUUCUGCAGCCUGGGUCGACAAAUAGGUUUACACAUGCUAUGAUGUGGAAAGGAGGAAAGGAUUGGACCCUAGAAUUCCCUGAUAGGGGGCAGUGGUUUAUUUUCAAAGAGAUGCAUGAAGAGUGCUACAAUAGAAAUACUCGGGCUGCUCUAGUUAGAAAUAUUCCUAUUCCUGGCAUCCGUAUGAUAGAAACAAACGGUUCUGAUGGAACAGAAACUGAAUUUGUCCGCAAUUCUUCUAAAUAUUACCGGCAGACUGAAACUGAUGUUGAGAUGGCGUUGGAUCCUUCACGUGUUUUGUAUGACAUGGACAGCGAUGAUGAGCAGUGCCUUGCGAGGAUUCGUGAGUGUUCGGAUGCUGAGAACAGUGCCUCUUGUGAUAUCAGUGAGGACAUGUUUGAGAAGGCGAUGGACAUGUUUGAGAAGGCUUCAUAUGUAAAGCAGCGUGAUCACUUUACCUCAAUCGAAGUUCAAGAACUUUUGGCCGGAGUUGGAUCCUUGGAGGCAAUGGAAACAAUAUAUGACUUUUGGAGAACAAAGAGGCAGAGGAAGGGAAUGCCACUAAUCAGGUAUCUUCAGCCACCUCUGUGGGAAAAAUAUCAACGAGAGGUUAAAAAUUGGGAGUUGGCUAUGAGCAAAGCAAACCCUCCAAACUCAGCUAGUGAGAAGCCAGCGAUGUUUGCUUUCUGUUUUAAGCCUCGAGGUUUGGAAGUCAAGCACAGGGGAACAAAACACCGGUCACAUAAGAAACUGUCGGUUUAUGCUCCACAUAGUACUGCUGCGUUGGGAAACUACGAUGCCUAUAAUUCAUCUGGAAGAAGAUGUGUCGGUCUGGCAUAUUCAAACCACACCUACGAGCAUUCAGAAGAAUUCCUGAGUCAUCCAGGGACAUAUUAUUCUCCACGUGACCAAGGAGGCAUGGGGUAUUUCUCGAGAGGUGGAAAUGGAUGUCACCAAAACAAGUCUCAAAGAAUCAACGGGAAAAGGAAUAUGAGUGAACGAUGGAAUGCAGGAGGAGGCUAUUCUGAAUCCCCCAGUUCCAAUCUUGUUUCAUGUCUUGAUGCGGAAGAAUUACAUAGUAGUAGUAGUAGUAUUAGAGAUAUUGAUGAGUACAAACUGCGAGUUGCAGCUGGUGCUGCAAGGCGGGCAUGCGCUAUAGCCAAGGCCAAGCGAGAAAGAGCAGAGAGAUUGAGUUACAAAGCAGAUCUAGCGAUUCAGAAAGCUGCAGCUGCUCUCAUGUUUGCAGACUGUAGCAUUGGGGAUGGGGAGAAGGCACGGCAACGUAAAUAA